AAAAAGAAGAAGUUAAACUAACAGAAUCUAAAAAAUAUAGACAGUGCAAAAACUUUGAGAAGAAAGAAAUAAAAGAAAAGAUGAGCAUAGAAGAUCUCUCACACCAAAUAGAGAACAUGGAUAUAAGCAUCAAAAGUGAAAAAACAAUAAAAAUUGAUUUAGCCUUAAGAAAAAUACUAAGAGAA